AUCUGCUGUCUUGUGUAACCAAACAAACAAAACACACAAAUGCGUGAAUUUUGGUAACAAAUAAUUAAUAAUAUAUUUGUAUUAAAUUUAUAAAAAAAUAUGUUUCAACCAACAAGACAAGAAACUUUACGUCUUUACAAACAUUUAAUACGUUACGGCAGUCAAUUGCAACUCACAGAUAAAUCAUAUUUUCUUGGACGUAUACGCCGGGAAUUCAGAGAAAAUCGAGAAAUACAAGAACCAAAACAAAUUGAAUUUUGCUUUCGGCGCGGCGAGGCACUACUUACAAAAGGCCGAGUUCUCUAACUUUAUUUGGAGCCAAAAUGCUGCUAAAGUUUACCCGCUUUCUGAUAGCAAAUAACGUAAAACCUACUUACAUCAGUAGUUUUACUCCAUUUACUCGUUUAAAAUCGACAGAUGCUCUGGACUAUUCACGCUAUCCCAAGCUAAUUGAAAGUGAACUAGAAGAAACUUUUACACGCGGUAGCGGUCCCGGUGGCCAAGCCGUGAAUAAAACUUCAAAUUGUGUAUUAUUACGCCAUAUACCCACAAACAUUUUAGUCAAGUGCCACACACAUCGCAUAGCAUAUAGAAAUCGUGCAGAAGCGCGCAAAAUAUUAUUAGAAAAACUUGAUAAUCAUUUCAAUGGAGAGCACUCGAUUGCCGCUCAAAUCAAACUACUAGAGUCCAAAAAAUCAGCCGAUAAAAAGCGACGUCAAGUGAAAGUAGCCGAAAUGAAAAAAAAUUGGAAGGAACGGGAAGCAGCUGUUAAGGAAGAAAAUGAUACAUAAGCCUUUUAUAAAUAAGAGUUAUUUUUUAAAUAAAUAAAACAUUUAU